GAUACAUCCGCAGCCGCAUCCGGAUAACGCGACGGACGAUGUUUGCCGACCGCCGCCCUUGCCUGCUGCCAAUGGCAUGGCAUGCCCAUGCUGCGCAGGGCGACGACGAUGCGACGACGGCGCUGCUCGCUAGCGCUGGCUUCGUAGCGCACCACGAGACAGUCGUGGACGUGGCGUGUGCGCCCGUGGCCGAGGAUGCGUACUCGGGAGAUGUGCGCUUGCGUCAAAGCGUCGAGCUCAAGUUCGGCGACUUUGUAGCGUACUACGAGGCCAAGCGGCGAGGCCAAGCGCACUGGCUCAUGGACACGGAAGACGAGCUUCAGUUCUACCUUGCGCAGUGCCCACUGCACUCGACCGCCCCGGCGACGCCAGCGGUAUUACCGCACUUGGUCUCGACCUUUCCGCCACCAAAGGCGAUCGCGGGCAUGGCGCUGACCCAAGUGAAUUUGUGGAUGACGCUGCAAGCGAGCCGCACGACACUGCACUAUGACGCGUACGACAACGUACUCACGGUGGUCCGUGGCGCCAAGCACGUCAAGCUCUUUGCGCCGACGACAAACGUCGAUGCGCACCCCGUCACCUCAAAGUCCGCCAAUCACGCGCAAUUGACGCUCUACGAACUUGACGCGCGCGCACCUGACGCGACCUUCACCGUGACCCCGACAAACGCCCUCUUCAUUCCCGAAGGGUGGUGGCACCAGGUCUCGUCCGACCCGUUCACGAUUGCAGUCAACUACUGGUUCGACGGGCUUCGCCCAGCACUGGUCCAGCACCCGCAUAUGCAGCCCUACUACGCACGAGUGCUUAUGGAAGACAUGUUGACGCACGCCCGAAAGCAUGCGCUGCAGGUGUACCUCGUUCAUCAGCGAGCUACACUUGGCAUGUCGCUACCAUUUCCAGACACCUCUCCGACGGGCAUGGCGGCACACGUGGCAGCACAUGCGACCACGACACCGGCGCUGCUGAGUCUUGUGCCGCCCUCCGAGAUCCACUGCGUAUGUGUUGCACUGAGUACCAGCUUUGCGCAAGCGUGGAAGCUGCUGCUGCAGAAGGACGCGCGAAUUGAAGUGCUCGAGCUGCUCACGGAAGCGUGGGAUGACCACGAUACGAUCGUCGACACUACGCAGUUGGCGUCGCCUGGCGCCUACUUUGAGGCGAUCUACGCGCCCUUCUCACCCGAUGAACAAGAGGCGCUUCAAACGCACCUGCUCGCUGCCAAAGAGGCCUUUGCACUACGUAUUUGCCAUGACAUUUUGCGGUCGACCUUUGGGCUAGCUAACUUUUGAAAUCGACAAAAAUGGCGUCAGGAAGUUCGGUGGAUGAUGAUGACGCGACGUGAUGCGCGAAGAAAAGCUGAAGCGUAUGUCGUUGGACGUGUUCUCCAUAUACGCGGUGCUCUGUAUUGCGAUGCUGCCCGAGUUUGCGCUUUGCUGCUUCUACUUGUCACGUG